AUGAUCUCCGAGCUCCCCGAGUACAUUUUCCGGCUUUCGUUCUUAGAUUUAGUUCUCCUCCUGAGUACGAAAGCCCUGCGAGACGAGCGGCUGCUUUUAGGAGCCUGCCGUCUUCCCCCCUCAUUCCGGUUCAUCUUUCAAGGAGACAGUGCUGACCCUGCACUCGAAUCAAAACAAGGCUGCCGCCUCUAUUCAAUUGUUCCCGGAUGGACGUUAGUGGUGCGGCGAGGUGAACCGGAAUUGGUCCUGAAUCGGCAUGUAUGGGCUCUCAUUGCAUCGGUUUUUGCCAAAGAAACAGAACAAAAGGACAUGGCGGCGCCCGCUCAGCUCAUUGAUUAUGUGGCUGCAGAACGGCUUACCACGUUGUUCGAUGUUGCGGCGGCGAUGCUGUUGGUAUACGACUGCUCACUGACAUUGGGCAUGGAGAUUGAGUUUGUGUGGUCAUCGCCAUGGGGGUAUAUGACAGUGCUUUAUAUCGUUCAACGAUAUUUGCCUUUCUGUGACGCUAUUUUUCUCUGUCUGCCUCCCCAAUUGGCGAUAAAUAUCGACCCAUAUGGUUGCCUUAUCGUUCAAACGAUACGAGGAUGGAUGAUGAUUUUUGGCUGGAUUUUGUCCGAAGCAAUCUUGACCCUGCGCGUAUGGGCAGUAUGGAAACGAGAUCGGCAUAUGGGUGUCUUUCUGAUAUUCCUAAUUACGCUCGCAACCGUGGCGGAGAUAUAUGUGACGAUAAUCUUCUAUCGCGACCUACAAUUUGGUGCAAAGCCAUACCCAGAAUUUGUCGGUUGCUUUUUCACCAGUGCAAGUCACAUCGUGUACGUGAAUUGGGUUGUAUUCAUGAUUUACGAAGCUAUAAUACUGGUCUUGAUGAUAAUUCCUGGAAUUGCUUCCUAUCAGCGAGGAGGGAAUGUUGAUCUGCAUCACGUGAUAUAUCGCGAAGCGACGGUCGGCACGACACAUUCAUUGUGUGCUAAUGCAGCAACAGCUCUUUCAAUAUUCAACGUUGUAGUCGUGUUUGCGCUCUCUAGAGAGUAUCUUGCCGUUAUCUCCAAACCUACACGUUGA